AUAUACUCUCCAUCGUUCCCAUUCUCCAUCUAAUUCUAUCUAACUUUCCAUCUUUUAAGCUCUCGAGCAACAACAAAAACAAUGGCGGGAGGCGGUUUCGGGCCCGGCCCCGGCGCCGGAAAGCAAUAUCCCGGCAACCUGACGCCGUACGUGGUUAUGACGUGCGUCAUCGCGGCCAUGGGCGGGCUGAUCUUCGGCUACGACAUUGGAAUCUCAGGCGGAGUGACGUCGAUGGAUUCGUUUCUGGAGAAGUUCUUCCCGUCGGUUUUUAGGAAGCAGGAGGCCGAUAAAUCGACCAACCAGUACUGCAAGUUCGACAGCGAGACGCUCACGCUCUUCACGUCGUCGCUCUACUUGGCGGCGCUCUGCUCCUCGCUGGUGGCGUCCACCGUCACCAGGAAGCUGGGCCGGAAGCUGUCGAUGCUGUGCGGAGGCGUCCUCUUCUGCGUCGGCGCCUUGAUCAACGGCUUCGCUAAGGCUGUUUGGAUGCUCAUCGUCGGCCGGAUUUUCCUCGGUUUCGGAAUCGGAUUCGCCAAUCAGUCAGUGCCACUAUACCUAUCUGAAAUGGCGCCAUACAAAUACAGAGGAGCUCUCAACAUUGGCUUCCAACUCUCAAUCACAAUAGGCAUCUUAGCAGCCAAUGUGCUCAACUACGGGUUCUCCAAGAUCAAGGGCGGGUGGGGCUGGCGCCUGAGCUUGGGCGGCGCAAUGGUGCCGGCGCUGAUCAUCACGGUGGGCUCCCUGAUCCUCCCUGAGACUCCCAACUCGAUGAUCGAGCGGGGGCAGAGCGAGAAGGCCCGCCAUAAGCUCAUGAGGAUCCGCGGCAUAGACAACGUGGACGAGGAGUUCAACGACCUUGUGGCAGCCAGCGAGGCCUCGAGCAAGGUGGAGCACCCGUGGCGUAACCUCCUUCAGAGGAAGUACCGCCCCCAUUUGACGAUGGCCAUCGCCAUCCCCUUCUUCCAGCAGCUCACCGGCAUCAAUGUCAUCAUGUUCUACGCCCCUGUCUUGUUUAAGACCAUCGGGUUUGGGGACGAUGCCGCCUUGAUGUCUGCUGUCAUCACCGGUGGUGUCAAUGUCCUCGCCACUGUCGUCUCCAUUUAUUACGUCGAUAAGUUGGGGAGGCGGUUCCUUUUCAUCCAGGGUGGCAUUCAGAUGCUUAUUUGUCAGGUGUGUGUGGCGAUCUUCAUUGCCAUCAAGUUUGGGGUGGACGGGCAUCCCGGCGAUCUGCCCAAGUGGUAUGCCAUCGUGGUGGUGCUCUUCAUAUGCAUCUAUGUGGCUGGGUUCGCGUGGUCGUGGGGCCCACUGGGGUGGCUUGUGCCAAGUGAGAUCUUCCCCUUGGAGAUAAGGUCGGCCGCGCAGAGCCUGAACGUGUCGGUGAACAUGGUGUUCACCUUCAUCGUGGCACAGGUCUUCUUGAAUAUGCUCUGCCACCUCAAGUUCGGGCUGUUUCUGUUCUUCGGCUUCUUUGUGAUGGUGAUGACGAUCUUCAUAUACUUCUUCCUGCCAGAGACGAAGAACAUUCCGAUCGAGGAGAUGGUGAUCGUGUGGAAGCAGCAUUGGUUCUGGUCUAGGUUUAUGACUGAUGUUGAGUAUGGGAAUGGUCAUGGAAGAAGUGUUGAGUUGAAGAAUGGGAGAGGAGAUACCUAUAAUAAAGUAUGAUGAUUGGAGGGCUUUCAAUUUAGUUUGCUUAUUUAUCAACAAAAAAAUAGUAACACGUUUCAAAAGGCAAUGUUGUAGAUUACUCUUGUGCCUAGAGGUUUUUUAUACCAGAAGAUGUGUUGUUGAUGUAAUUUAAUCUACUGUCUGUCUGAAGUAAUUCAUGAAUUAUAUUUUGGUUUA